AUGCAACUUGUCGAAGUAAAUCUGAUUGAUCUGGAUACCGAUAUAAAUUAUUAUCUAUUAUCCACUGAUCCACAAAUAUUUCGUCCAUUCUAUCCUUCUCAUACAAUUACUUUAUGUCAAUUACUUUCACAUUCAGUAUCCAUUGAUACAAAUGGUGAAAUGCCAUUCGCUUCAAUACAACCUGAUGAUGCCGCAUUACGAAAGACAUCUUUGGCUGACAGAUGUUUUACAUAUUUAAAUUCCAACGCAUCGAAUCGGCUACCAUAA